AUGUCUUCGAUCCUCUCUUCUGCCACUGCCAUUGCCACCGCCGAAGCCGUGGCUCCCGUUGCCCUCUCCGCCGUUGCCGGUUUCCCCUUCAGCGGCAACCUCUCGACUGCGGGGAUGGUGCAAUUUGCUGCUAACCCCAACGGCGGUGUCACUGUCAAUCUCGACUUGACCAAGCUCCCCAAGGAUGGCGGCGACUUCUCCUACCGCAUCCACGAGCAACCGGUGGCGUGGAACUCCGACAACUGCGAUGGUGCUGGCCCCAUGUUUGACCCUUUGAGACGUGGUCUCAUCGACUGUGACGCUGCGGGCAACGAUGCCCUCUGCGCUGUGGGUGACCUUUCGGGCAAGCACGGUAAGUUCCACUCUACCUGCUACCAAACUACCUUCGACGACCCUUACUUGUCGUUGGACCCGCUGUCGCCGAACUACAUUGUCGGUAGAUCCCUCGUGGUCUUCCACAACAACGCUCCUUUGGCCUGUGCCACAAUUGCCUACGCUGACAGCCUGGUGGUUGAAGGCCAAGGCGAAGGCGAGCAGUGUCAACCUGACCCCGAAACUCCUGAAGAAGAGUUGCCUGAAGAAGAUGCUCCUGAAGAAGAAGUUCCUCAAGAGGAAACUCCCGAAGUGCCUGAGGUUCCCGAAUUCGAAGAGAGCAAAGGGUCCAUGGUGCAAGUGUCGGUGAUGGCGGCGGUGAUGGCGGCGGUGGCGAUGAUGUGA